AUGUGGGAUGCAUUUAGGGAUCCAGCGACCGGGCUUUAUUGCGAUAAUGUCUGGUCUGAUAGUGGACAUAGAUGCGGAAAUUAUGCAAAUGCUCCCUGGUACGCGAAUUGGUACUCUUCAGCUUCAACCGGCUGGGGUUUGCAAAUCAACGCCAUCGAAGUCGAACUCGGUCUCCGAACCUUCGAAGAAGGCUUCAAGCGCUCCCUCCAAACCAUCAAAUCUUACAAAAAGUGGCCACGCGAUCCCUGCACUGGCUUCUUCUCUCACUGGACUGCUAGGGAUUUCGGAAAGUCCGGCGAGUGGUCCACCAUUGACACGGCUCUCGGACUCAAUGGAAUAAUGUUCGCAGGAAAUUACUUUGGUGGAGAGGUGAAAACCGAGGCGCAGAAGAUUUGGGAAGUUCCUGCGUUUACAAAGACAGUUGACAUUAACGGGUGGCUCUCAAUGAUCGCAGAUGGGGACGAUACUCUGAGCGCUGGAAACGCUCCUUUAAGCGAAUACGCUCUUCUUGGCUACUCCGCAAUGUUUGAUGAAGACCUUGAAGUCUCCAAUACAGCCACAGCUGUCCACGAGAUGUUCCACAGCUCAGUUGAUGGAACCUCUGAUCCGGCUGGAAUCGCUAUUCACAAGCGACCCCAGCGAUACACCCAAAACGGCGUUAAUAUCAUUUCCGGUCCGUGGGGUCCUUACAGUACAUUCACUCCGCUUUUCGCCUGGCUCGCAAAUAAGGGAUUUCGAAAUACCGCGGCAAAUAAGGCUUUCUGGCAACAUGAGUUGAAUCAAUGGUAUUUGGCUGAACUGGCAUACUGGAAGUCGAUUGAUACUGAUCCGGAUCAGAAAAUGUGGUCACUUGUCGAAAACGGGUUCCAACAGGCUGAUCCAGUGAAUGUGCACGGAAAGGUCUUCGGCUGCGGAGCAGGCUCAUCUGCGGGCGGAUACGAAGCUACUUCGAUGAAAAAUAAUCCCCAUCGAACAUAUGGUCCACAUAUCAUGAUGAGUUUUCUGCGAGUAGUAAACGCUACGGAAAAGGAUUCAAUCAAUGAUAAGCUCGAGUAUCUCUGGACAACUGGCGCCGGAAAAUCGCUGAAAGAUCACGGGCAUACAGGAGAAAAGCGAAUGCAUUUUCUCUGGAAGCAAAGCUUGAAUGAGCCGACUUUUCAAGUGCAUCGAGUUGAAGGGGUCGAUUACGGGCAGGGCGUUCUUGGAUACGCUGGAAAUUUUCUUCCCGAAAGCUGGUUCGAGCAAUACAUGAUUUAA